AUGAGCCUCGCACACUCUGCCAGUCUAUUUGCCCUUCUCGACAUGGCGCCGCCUUCGCCCACGGUGCACGAGGACUCUGAGAGCAGCGAUUACUGCAGCCCCGUGGCGUUCGAGCCACUGAACAGGUCCAAGCCAAAAGCCACAGCUGCGAAUGCAAACACACCCCUGCUUAAGCUGCCUGACGACAUCUUCAAGUGCGUGAUGGACUACCUCGACGGCAGCGCUGCGUGGAGUCUGAAGCGGCUGUGCAAGGGAAUGGAGAGUAGCAUCACCGUCAACCAGUUGCUUUACAAGUACCCCCUUCAGCUGAGUGACGUGCGCGACAUCAGGCUCGGCGACUGGAAAUACAGGAGAAUGGGCGUGACCCGGUGGGUGAGCUUCAAGGAAAGCAUCACCGACGCCAACCGCAACUACGUCCAGAAACUUGCCAUGAGCCAUUUCGCGAGUAUUGACGACUUUCGCUGGAUAGAAGAGCAUCUGCCCUCGCUGACGUGUCUCGAUAUAUCUGCCAUCAAGGACUUCGUCUGGACGCCCGAGGAGACGUGGACGUGGAAGAUGAUGGCAGAAGCUUGCCCGAAGCUGUUUGGCCGUUUGGAAGAGCUCGAGGUGGCCAACUGGGCUGACUACACUGCGCACUCACGGAUAGAAUACAGCUAUUCAUACAACGACUAUCGCUUCAAGCAGAAAUUCAGGAUAUCGCGGCGGAGAGAUGGCGGGUCGGUUGCUAAGAUGAUCUUCCCGAUAUGCACGAAGCUGAAGUUGCUUGCCAUUAGGGAGCGCUACUCUGGGUUUCACACAUGGAACGAGUGGGAGGUGCAUCAGCGUGUAUGCUGUCUCGUGGACGGUAUCGAGAAGUACUGCCCCGAGUCCAUGACCAAGCUGCGUAUCCACGACUACGCCCCGUACCGCUCCCUCUUCUCCACCGACGCUACCCCAUGGAAACGGUUGACCCACGUCGAGAUCGGCCUGUCGAGCUGGAUGGAAGACCGCCGCGACCGAGAUGUCAUUGGUCCCAUACCGUACCGGAUAACACAAGGUGCUCACCACCGGGAAGAAGAGGAGGCUUUCGAUGACAAAUCCUAUGAGGAAUGCACGCGCGACCACAUGGCCCUCGGCAACAACGUCGUCCAGGGCGUCGGUGCGUCGUUCGAGGAUCUCCUCCAGAGCCUGCAAACUAUCUCGAAAAAGUACCCGAACAUCAGCAUCACGCCAAUCCGGGGUCUACAAAACAUCACACUCCACCCAUUCCACCUAGUCAAUGUCAUGCAGCGACGCAACCCAUUCAUGCAUAUUAAUCAGGGCAACAACAACAAUAACAACAGCCAAGCACAGACCGACCCUGUGUCGAACGAGGUAGUACAAACCGCCCUGCGAUGGCUGGCGCAGAAGUGCGACUGGAAGCCGACUCUCGCAUGGGACAACAUGAUGUGUGAUGUUUUUCCGGCCAACCUCGAACCCAGCCGGACAUUUCUUCCCAAGACAGACGUUUUGUCGCGCAUACGGACCAUGGUGGCCACGCUACGCACCCUCGACAUACCCAUCCGGGUCUCCAUCGGCGACCGCACCAACACGUGUCCGUCAUCGGGUCUCGACGGCUCUCUCUACUUUGGCGACUACAAGUCCUUCGUAGGCGAAGGUGAGAACAAGCGCGAAGUACUCCUUCCGACACAGGCUUCGUUCAACUUGACUGCGAUCGCAGACAUGGUCGACGAACUAACUAUUCAGUAUCCCGUCGAUGUGCCCGGCGUCUCAGGCUGGGUCCGAUCCGGCAAGCGCCCAACGGCCGCCGAAAAAGGUCUUAUGCAGCGCGAAAUGAUCGGAUGGCGCCGCUUCUGGAAGCGCUACUCUAGCCAAUUCAAGAACCUGAAGAAGCUCACUGCCGACGUACCAAACGAUAUCUACGAAGACUGGGGUAAAUCCGACCUCUCAACCCUGCUCGCAGACGAACGCUGGGACAUGCUCGAGAUCGAAGAUAGAAACGGCGAUUUCGGCCUCUUUGGUAAUUACUUCCCCUUCAGUAGCACGUCGCUGCGCUACAUAUCGUCGCGCAAGCGCGGCCGUUCCAAAUUUGUGCAACGCGUCUUCUUCCGCCUCGACAAUGAGCCGCUGACCCUACCAUCAAUGGGGGAGAACACAUCCGCAGUAGAGCGCGAGCAAGGCGAGGUUACAGACGAGCAUAUCAGGGGCCAGAUGAACCUGCCAUCGGUGGCGGACAGCAUAUCCGCCCAAGAGCGCGACGAAGGCGCGAUUACACACAGGCACAUCAGGAAGCUGCCAGCACUACCACAGCACAUAUCCGCGCUAGAGCGCGAGGAGAACGAGAUUACAGACGAGCACAUCCAGGACAUUGAGCGCCCUGCACACCGCUUCUGGCCACCCCGGGAGUCGGAAAAGGGCCCGAAGAGGAAGCGAACCGAGGACUCCGACGCCCUCAAGACCAAGCGGCAGAAGGUCAACGAAGAAGACAGGCAAAAGGUUGCGGCGGCGGCUAAUCAGUUCCAGCAGGCGACGCUGGCACAUCUAGAUCGCACGCUCGAGCGGCUGGGGGAUUUCUAG